CCUUUCAGGUCUCCGAUGAUAAGUAGAAAUUUGGGUGCUCUCGUAAAGUCUAUGCUUAAAAUCAGUAUUACACCAAAUUCUCAUAUUUGUUGCAAAAUGAGUAGCAGUCCUCACGAUAAUUGUGAUCAGGGUGCUGUUCAGCCAGAUAGUGAAACAUGGAUAUUCGGGUACGGUUCCCUGGUUUGGAAGGCCGACUUUCCCUAUGAGGAAAAGCGAACAGGGUACAUCAAAGGAUACAACAGGAGGUUUUAUCAAAAUAGCAUAGACCAUAGAGGCACCCAUGACAAGCCUGGCCGUGUGGUCACACUUAUUCAUUCGGAGAACCCUGACUCAAAGGUUUGGGGAAUGGGGUAUAGAAUAGCAGAAACUAACAAAACUGAUGUCUUGAACCAUCUGGAUCAUCGGGAAAAGAAUGGCUAUGAACGACAUAAAGUCCUAUUCUAUCCCUACCCCACGAGCGAAACACAAUUCAACGAACCGAAAAACAUACUGCUCUAUUUGGCUACCAAGGAAAAUCCGUCUUUCGCUGGGCAGGACGACAGUUUAGAGCAGAUUGCCCAACAAAUCCUCGGAGCAACCGGUGAAAGUGGAAAAAACGUUGAAUAUGUGUAUAAGCUGGCCGACGCCAUGAGGCUACUUUACCCUGGGGAAGAGGAUGACCAUCUAUUCGAACUGGAACGGAUUCUCAAAGCACACGAUCCUGGGGCUUGUGAUAGCAGAUCUCAGCUAAGCAAGGAAGGAUAAUGUGAUGUGUUGAGAAGGAACAAGAAUAAAUUCAAAUGUUUUACGUUCGU